AUGGCCUAUAAGAAGAUUAUUUCUGGACCCGAUCUAACUAAUGACUCUCAUUAUAAGAGAUUUGGUAUUUGGUCGGUCCAACCCGAUGAAGAUGUACGCUUUCGUACUAUAUAUUACGUGGACGACUUUACGUCGAGUUGUCCGGGCGGCAUAUUUACAUCAGAAGACGGAUAUUUGAAGCGACAACCGUUUUGCCGCCCUAAGGCUGAGGAGACUAGUAACAGGACCAUAAGGAGACUAGUAACAGGACCAUAA